AUGAGUGCCGACAACUCGACCUUGUGGGACAACUUGUUCUUUGCCCCUCUCUGUGAUGGCUGGAGCAACAACACAGAGGGGGCCCUCUACCAGCUGGGCAACACCGUCCUGUUCCUGGGCUACAUGGGAGGCAGCGGGGCCUAUGGGUGCCUCUUUAUCUUCGGCUUCCUGUGUCCGGCCUUCCUGUGCCUCGCCCUGUGGGGCUGGCUGACCAUGUGUGGCCUGGACGUGUUCACCUGGAACCUCCUGCUGCUGCUGACCUGCCUGCUCCAGAUCUGCCACCUCCUCUACAGGCUGCACCAGGAGGGCAUACGCAGUGAGGAGCUCUCCUCUCUCUACCAGAUGGUCUACCAGCCACUGGGCGUGCCCGUCCAGGUGUUCAAGGACAUCGCCAAGGCUUUUGAAGAGAAGGUGGUGGAGCUGAAGGCAGGACAGGUGUAUGCUGUGGAGGGCAAGACGCCCAUCGAUCAGCUCUCCUUUUUGCUGGCUGGCAGGAUCAGUGUAUCUUUGGAGGGUCAGUUUCUGCAUUACAUCCACCGACACCAGUUCCUCGAUUCUCCAGAGUGGGAGUCCCUCAGACCAAAGGAGGAGGGCAAGUUCCAG